UGCAGGCCGGGGUUUGAAGGAGCAUGGGGUUGUUUCAGAGGUGGCGGCGGCUUUGGCUUUCGGGCCUACAAACCUGCGGGCUGCACACGGCAGCUGUGCCAGCCCCUCCACAGUGGUUGACGGAGCGUCUAGGCCUUUUUGAGGAGCUAUGGACGGCUCAAGUAAAGAGGUUAGCAAGCCUGACACAGAAGGAGCACCGAACUAUUAAGGUGUCACUUCCUGGAGGCCAGACAGUGGACGCUGUGGCAUGGAGCACAACCCCUUACCACCUAGCCCAGCAGAUCAGUUCAACACUGGCAGAUACUGCAGUGGCUGCUCAGGUGAAUGGAGAACUUUAUGAUUUGGAGCGGCCUUUGGAGACAGAUUCUGACCUCAGAUUUCUGACAUUCAGUUCUGCAGAGGGCAAAGCAGUGUUCUGGCACUCCAGCACCCACGUCCUGGGCGCAGCGGCUGAGCAGCUCCUCGGCGCUGUCCUCUGCCGAGGUCCCAGUACAGAAUGUGGCUUCUACCACGAUUUCUUCCUGGGAAAGGAGCGGACAGUCCGGAGCUCAGAGCUGCCUGCUUUGGAGAGGAUUUGCCAGGAACUUGCAGCUGCUGCUCAGCCCUUCCGGAGGCUAGAGGCUUCCCAGGAUCAGCUUCGCCAGCUCUUCAAGGAUAACCCCUUUAAGCUUCGCCUGAUUGAGGAGAAAGUGACAGGUCCAACAGCGACAGUAUAUGGGUGUGGGAUGCUGGUGGACCUUUGCCGGGGCCCUCACCUUCGGCACACUGGACAGAUUGGAGGACUGAAGCUGCUGACGAACUCGUCGUCCCUGUGGAGGUCUUCGGGCGCCCCAGAGCCAGUGCAGCGAGUGUCAGGCAUCUCCUUCCCCACGAUGGAGGAGCUGAGGGCCUGGGAAGAGUGGAGGGAGGAGGCGGAGUUACGGGACCACCGGCGCAUUGGGAAGGCACAGGAGCUUUUCUUCUUCCACGAGCUGAGCCCCGGGAGCUGCUUCUUCCUGCCUCGAGGGACAAGGGUGUAUAAUGCGCUGGUGGCCUUCAUCAGGGCUGAGUACACCCGCCGGGGCUUCUCAGAAGUGAAAACCCCCACACUGUUCUCUACGAAACUCUGGGAGCUGUCAGGGCACUGGGAGCAUUAUCAGGAGGACAUGUUUGCCCUGCGGCCCCCGGACUCGGACAGGCUCACCCCCUCCCCGAGUGACCACGCCACCAGCCCUGCAGACAUGCUCGCCCUGAAGCCCAUGAACUGCCCUGCGCACUGCCUGAUGUUCGCUCACCGGCCCAGAUCCUGGCGAGAGCUGCCCCUGCGACUGGCGGACUUCGGGGCCCUGCACCGGGCCGAGGCCUCUGGCAGCCUGGGGGGGCUGACCCGGCUGCGUUGCUUCCGGCAGGACGACGCGCACAUCUUCUGUGCCCCAGAUCAGCUUGAAACAGAGAUACGAGGCUGUCUUGAUUUCCUUCACUCUGUCUACACCGUCCUUGGCUUCUCCUUCCGCCUAGCACUGUCCACCCGGCCAUCUGGCUUCCUGGGAGAGCCUUGCCUUUGGGACCAGGCUGAGCAGGUCCUUCAGCGGGCUCUGGAAGAGUUCGGAGAACCCUGGGACCUCAACCCUGGAGAUGGUGCCUUCUAUGGGCCAAAGAUUGACGUGCACCUCCACGAUGCCCUGGGGCGGCCCCAUCAGUGCGGGACAAUCCAACUGGACUUCCAGCUGCCCCUGAGAUUUGACCUCCAGUACAAGGGGCCGGUGGGGUCCCCGGAGCGCCCCGUCCUCAUUCACCGAGCAGUGCUAGGUUCUGUGGAAAGGAUGCUGGGCGUACUGGCGGAAAGCUGCGGGGGAAAAUGGCCACUGUGGCUGUCGCCAUUCCAGGUGGUGGUCAUCCCUGUGGGCACUGAGCAUGAGGACUACGCCCGGGAGGUCCAGGAGAGGCUGCAGGCUGCAGGGCUGGUGUGCGACCUGGACGCCGACUCGGGACUGACACUCAGCCGGAGAGUCCGCCGUGCUCAGCUCGCCCACUACAAUUUUCAGUUCGUGGUUGGCCAGAAAGAGCAGAGUAAGGGAACGGUGAACAUCCGGACCCGAGAGAACCGCCAGCUCGGGGAGCGGAACAUGACCGAGGCUGUGCAGCGGCUGCUGGAGCUCCAGAGCGCCAGGGUCCCGGAUGCCGAACAGGUGUUCUGAUCCACUGGGUGCAGAUGCAGUGACCUACGGCGCCGCCAGCCUCCCUUCGUGAGGGAGGGCCUCACCUGGCUGCCAGCAGCUGGAGGCCCCCUGGCCCCUCCGAACGGGUGUGGGAGCAUGAGUUUGCCCUCCUGCGAACAGAUGUGAUCUGGGGGAAGCCAGGCUGUCUGGGUGUGAGGAGAGUGAAACAACAAAGAAUAAACUUGAAGCUCCUGGG